AAAUUAGUAACCAAUAACCGCUAGAAAUGAACGGGAGAUUAACAGUAUCAGCAUUUUAACGAUAAGAUAAUUAUAUUCCUCACUAGCGUAGGCGAGUGAGAACGUGUUUUUAGUUGUUUUAUUAUUUGCCGGUAAUAUUAUGUUAGUGUUAAUAGUGUCGGCAGUAUUCUCGGCUACAAUUCUGCUGAUAUUUAAGAUAUUGAACAGUAAACCGAAGCCGCCUAUUAUAGGAAUGUAUCAACAAGCCGGGAAGUUUUACUGGUUGAAGUUUACUUUUAUGUACCUAAUUUUGGUUACGAAGAAGUGGAUAAAGAUCCUGAAAAGGCGUUUGUCUGUGGAACUUGGGAAAUCGGGUGACGGCAACAUACAUGUCCACAACGAUGAUGUCGCAUUAGAAAAUGUCCAGCCGCUGGGAGACUACACAAUGGCGGUGGACGGCGUGUACUUUAACGGCGCGUCGAAGGGCGGCUCGGCGCUGACGUGCGGCGUGACGCGGCGGCAGCACGGCCGCUGUGACGCCUUCAUGCUACUGAAGGUGGAAGGCAAAGAGCUGAUGUUGUCACCGAAGUUACCGGACUCAUACCUCGAGCAGAAAGACGAUGAAGCUGGCGGCUACAGCGCCGAGGGAAUCCGCAUUGAGAAGCUUGUCCCUAUGCGGUCUUGGAGGAUACAGUACAACGGUGAUAUGAGAUUAACAUCAGAUCCGGAAAAGACAGUGAAAGUAGAAUUGAGUCUUACAUGGAGUACCGCCUUUGCUCCGUUCAAUUAUGAAGAAAUAUCUCCCCUCAGCAUGGCCAAAGACGUAGCAAGGGAACCUUGGUCGGCCGACUUCUUUAAGAACCUUAAGAAAAACCGCCAGACCCACUACGAGCAGAUUGGCGAGGUCGUAGGCACCGUCAACAUUGAUGGAACCACUCACCAGCUGAAGAUGCCAUGCGUACGCGAUCAUAAUUCCAGCGAGCACAGAGACUGGAACAACAUCCACCGCUACGUGUACCACUUCAUCCACCUCGAGAACGGGGACUGCGUCGCGGUCGGCGCCGCCUCGCAGCCGCUCACCGUCUCGCACUUGACAAUCGGCUAUUACGGCCGCAAGUCUGAGCAGACGGUGAAGCCGAUACGAUCCAGCAGCUUCAAGCUCUACGAACACGGGGAAAACCAGACAUUGCCACGGGAUUAUGGCUUCUCUUUUAAUAUUGGCGGUCAAACCUGUCAUGUGCAAGUGUCGGUGAAGGAUGAAACAACUUUCUUCAUGGGGAAGAACCGAGAAGCGAAGUUCUAUGAGAGAUGGUGCUCUUACAAAGUUAACGAUAUGAACGGUUGGGGCUCAUCAGAAUGGUACUACAAUAAUGUGAAUGCUGGAAAAUAGAAUAAGUAUGGAAAAUACGACGUGUUAAUGAAGUCUAGUUUUGUUUGGACGAGUGUAUGUGAAGCGAUUUUAUAAGGAAAAAUACAAAAUUAAUGCACGAAAAUUUAACUUUAUUUAGCAUUUAAUAACAUUUCUUAUUAUCUGUACAAAUACAAAAGUAUAUCUUAUUAUUAAUUAGUGACAAGUAUUCCAUGUAAAUAAACAAUCUUGAAAAUGGA